AUGGCAAAAGACGCCCUUCCAAAUGAAGUGAAACAAUAUUGGACAUACAGAGAUGAAAUUAGUAUUCAAGAUGGACUCAUUUUUAGGGGUGAACGCUUAGUAGUGCCAAAUUCCCUACGAAGAGAGAUGUUAAACAGGAUACACUCGAGUCAUCAAGGCAUUGAUGCCAGUCUCAGAAAGGCAAGGCUCACGUUAUUUUGGCCACAUAUGUCGGAGGACAUUAAAUUGACAGUUCAAGAGUGUUCAGCCUGUUUGGAAUUAUCACCCGCUCCUGCUCAUUUACCUAUGCAGACCCAUAGAAUCCCUGAUCUACCGUGGAAGAGAGUAGCGCUUGACAUAUUUCACCACAAAAAUGACAAUUAUCUAGUCACAGUAGACUAUUACUCAGAUUUCUUUGAAUUGGACAAACUACCUGAUCUGACAUCAGCCACUACGGUAGAAAUUGCGAAGAAAAACUUCAGUCGUCACGGCUGUCCCUUAACAGUGGUGACUGACAAUUCACAAGCUCAGUUUCAAACAGCUAACUUUCACAGAUUUGCAAAAGAAUGGGAGUUUAAUCACGUCACAUCGUCGCCAUAUCACCCGAGAGGUAAUGGCAAGGCUGAAUCAGCUGUAAAGAUAGCAAAAUACUUAAUUAAGAAGACUGAAAGAAAUUCAGAAGAUCUAUGGAUGGCUUUAUUAGAGUGGUGCAACACUCCCACAGAAGGAGUCAACUCAAGAAAGAUAGUUGAGAAGAAAUCACCAAGGUCGUACGUGGUAGAUAUUAGUGGAAAGUUGUAUAGAAGAAACAGAGAAUUCUUAAAUGCACCAAAGGCGGCCCUAACACACAAUGAACCUGACCGAGUAGCAGACAACAACAGGACCCAAGUUGACAGUCCCACUAAGAAAUCAGCUCCAAUCGUAGACAACACUUUACAUGACCAAGAUAUGAGACCACUCGAUAUGGAAACUAAUACACCUAACAGACGAGUGACACGUUCUGGACGUCACGUCAAGACCCCAGAACGAUACAAACACUAA